CUGCUGCUGCUGAGGGACUGGAGCAUAGUCUGUCGGCUUGUUCACAAGCAACCAGCAGAAGCAGCGAUUGGGACCGGCGUGUGAUCGCUGCCCGGCGAGCAUAGAUGUGCAAAACCCCUGGAUUAUCUGCGCGCUGGAGCCAUUACCGACCAUCGUGGAGGACUGUCUUUAUCUAACCGUCAAAAAGGAAAGAGCCUCUGGGAAAGCAUGGCGGUAGAAGAAGAAGGUCUCCGGGUUUUUCAGAGCGUUAAAAUAAAAAUAGGAGAAGCAAAAAACAUCCCUCCGUACCCUGGACCAAACAGGAUGAGAGACUGCUACUGCACCGUCAAUCUGGACCAGGAAGAAGUGUUCAGGACCAAGAUCAUCGAGAAGUCACUUUGCCCAUUCUAUGGCGAGGACUUUUACUGUGAGAUCCCACGCAGCUUCAGACACCUCUCCUUCUACAUCUUCGACAGGGACGUCUUCAGGAGGGACUCCAGUAUCGGCAAGGUAGCCGUGAAGAAAGAGGACCUGCAGAAAUAUCACGGAAAAGACACCUGGUUCCAGCUCCAACCUGUCAGCGCUGACUCAGAAGUGCAGGGAAAAGUACACCUGGAGCUGCGUCUGAGUGAAGUCAUCACCGACAGCGGCGCCAUCAACCAUAAACUAGCCACACGAGUGUUGGAGUGCCAAGGUCUUCCUAUCGUCAACGGCCAAUGUGAUCCGUACGCUGCUGUAUCCUUACUCGGACCAUCAAGGUCGGAAGCCAAGAAGACCAAAGUGAAGAGGAAAACCAACAAUCCACAGUUUGACGAGGUUUUCUAUUUUGAGGUGACUCGGCCAUUAAGCUACACAAAGCGUCAGUUUGAUGUAGAAGAAGAGGAUGUUGACAAGUUGGCACUAAGGGUGGAUCUGUGGAACGCCAGCAACUUGAAGUUCGGGGAUGAGUUCCUGGGAGGUGUGCGAGUUCCUCUGCGCGCGCUGGGUCAGGCUGGGGUCCAUGACGCAUGGUACUUUCUUCAGCCCAGGGAAAACGGAGGGAAGCCGGUGAAAGUGGAAGAGCUUGGCUCUCUGCGUCUGAACAUCGUUUACACCGAGGACCACGUCUUCCCCUCCGAACACUACACCCCCCUCAGAGAUUUGCUGCUGUAUUCCGCUAAUGUAGAGCCUGUGUCAGCGUCCACAGCGCACACUCUGGGGGAGGUGUGUCGAGAAAAACAAGAAGCUGCCAUUCCCCUCGUGCGUCUGUUUCUUCACUACGGCAAGAUUGUGCCUUUCAUCAGCUCCAUCGCUCACGCUGAAGUCAACCGCACACAAGAUCCUAACACCAUUUUCCGGGGAAACUCGUUGACAUCCAAGUGCAUUGAUGAGACCAUGAAGCUGGCAGGAAUGCAUUAUCUGCAAGUCACGCUCAAACCCAUCAUAGACGAGAUCUGCGCAGAACACAAACCCUGUGAAAUCGACCCGGUCAAGCUCAAAGAGUCGGAGAACCUGGAGACUAACAGGGAAAAUCUUCGCCACUAUGUGGACCGUAUCUUCAACGUUAUCACCACAUCGGGCGUUCGCUGUCCCACUGUCAUGUGUGAUAUCUUCUUCUCUUUGAGAGAGUCCGCGGCCACCCGUUUCCAAGUUGACCAAGAUGUCCGAUACACAGCAGUAAGCAGUUUUAUUUUCCUGCGUUUCUUCGCUCCAGCCAUCCUCUCCCCCAACUUGUUCCAUCUACGGCCGCACCAUCCAGAUCCUGCCACCUCUCGAACCCUUACCCUCAUCUCCAAGACGAUCCAGACCCUGGGAAGUCUUGCCAAGUCUAAAUCUGCCAAUUUCAAAGAGUCUUACAUGGCCGCAUUUUACGAGUACUUCAAUGAGCAGAAAUAUUCGGACGCUGUGAAGAAUGACAUCCUUUACUUUCCUACUCAGUUCCUGGACCUGAUCUCCACCUCUGGCAAAUGGGAUCAGAAGAGUAUUGAAACACCAAUCAUGCUCAAAGAGGGAUUUAUGAUAAAGAGGGCACAAGGGAGGAACCGGUUUGGAAUGAAGAACUUCAAGAAGAGAUGGUUUCGCCUCACCAAUCACGAGUGUACCUACCACAAGACAAAAGGUGAGGGCGCUCUGUGCAGCAUUCCCAUAGAGAACAUUCUGGCUGUAGAGAGACUCGAGGAGGAGUCUUUCAAGAUGAAAAAUAUGUUCCAGGUUAUUCAGCCAGAGCGAGCGCUCUACAUCCAGGCCAACAACUGCGUAGAAGCACGAGACUGGAUCGACAUACUGACCAAAGUCAGCCAGUGCAACCGCAAACGCCUAAGCACCUACCAUCCUUCAGCCUACCUCAACAGCCACUGGCUCUGCUGCAAGCUCUCUGCAGACACAGCGCCCGGGUGUACGCCUUGCACCGGAGGCCUUCCAGCAAACAUCCAGCUGGACGUAGAUGGAGACAGGGAGACGGAGAGGAUUUAUUCUCUAUUCAGCACAUACAUGACCAAACUGAUCAAGAUGCAAGAGGCCUGCGGCAGUAAGUCUGUGUAUGACGGGCCCGAACUGGAGGAGUACUCCACCUUUGUCAUCGAUGACCCCCAGGAGACGUACAAAACUCUGAAACUGAUUGUUUCAGCCGUGCAGACGUUGGAGCAGCAGCACACCAAGUACAAACGCGACAAGUUCAAGAAGACAAAGAUAGGCAGCCAGGAGCAUCCGAUUGGAGACAAGAGUUUUCAGUGCUACAUCCGCCAGCAGUCAGAGAGUUCCACCUACUCCAUCUAACCGCACUGUUUCUAUGAUGCCCAGAACCAGCAUAUUUUUCUUCUCUGCGAAACAUCUAAAUAAUGCUCCUUGUCAAGUAUUCCGUUUUAAAACUUUACUUUUCCUUAAAAUAAGGUUUUAAUGCCUCCGUGCUUGAAGGAGAAUAUUUCACUUUUUUAAAGACUUUUCUGGAAGCACGUAAUGCUGUUUUGGAAACAUGUGUCAACUGAAACAUUUAUUUGAUCAGCUUUAAGGAAAGUUAUUUUUAAAAAUCAAUAUGAGACUGAGAGAGCUCUGUAGAUGGACUUUGUUUUUGGCCAAUGUCUCAAGAUGCAUCACUCCAAAUUUGGAGAACAGACCUCAGAUCAGCAUCAAAAGGAAAGGGUUUUGGAGGAAAGGAGGUAUAUGAUGAAGACAUAAUCAUACAUAUGUAAGGGUCUCCUGUCUGUGAUGUGACGAGAGAACAAACGCUUUCACUGGACAGUUUUGACAGUGACCAGCACGCACUUUAAUCGCCUCCAAAUCUAUGGAUGAACAAGCCUCGCAGCACACUUUCAAAAGCUUAUUUUAUCCGAUUUUUAUUUUGUUAUUUUAAUGGUUGAUAUGUUGAAAUGUUCCGUUGUAUUUCACUCCAGAAGGAUGGGAGUGAGGAAGGACUGUCAUUUUUCCCUUUUUGAGUGGUGUUUAAUUUUUGUCCCCAUCAUCCUCAGGAAGGCUGUGAAGGUCGAGGGCACACAAGGGAUUGUUGGGACCAAGCACAGCAUAGAGCAGCAUGAUUUUGUCAAUGUUAGCAAUCACUUUUAUCCCUCUUUUUAAAUUCUCAUUAUCAACGUGCUAACAGGAGUUAAGGGCUCACCUUUUAACGUUAAAUUUGAAGCCUUGUCAUGCUCCUGUUUAACAGUAACCUGUAGCUGUAAACAAGUCCAUGGAUCUUUGUAAUUUUGUAUCCUUGAGGGUGUCAAAAUGAAGCUUCUCUUUUAAGAAACACAAAAUACACUGGAUAGCUGUUAAGUUAUAUAAUCCUUCUAUGACCAAAGAAAUUAAAUAAUGUCCAAAUGUAGGCCCCUUUUUCGGUUGAUUUCAGGGCCAGAUCACCCACCAGAGGCUCAUGGUAAAGAUGUGCGUGCUGUGGGUCCCUGUUUACAAUCUGUGAAUUGUAAGUUUGUGUCUAAGUACAAAUAUACAAUGAAAGAAUAAUACAUUGUACACUCAGUGGCCACUUUAUUAGUCAUAAAUUAAAUACAUCGUCUUGACAGUGCUAAAAAUUCAACCUUUAUUCAGUUUAUAAUGUUACAUUUUUGGUAACAUUGUUACUGACAAUUGUUUAUUACAGAAGUCAAAGUUAUUGGUGGUGUUUCUUGACUACAUAAAAUUAAAAAGUGUAUAAAAUAACUUGAUUUACCAGUAACUAUUUGCCACCUUGACCAGUUGCCUGUUUUUCCCAGUUGGUAGCUUGAACUUGAUGGAUAUGCACACACAUUUAUGGUGGAUACAUAAAAGCGAUUUUUAGGUUCAUAAAAACAGUGUAUUUUGCUGCUUUUAAGAGGUGCUGAUAUUUGUUCCCGCUGUCCAGUAAUUGAGCCUUGGUUAAGAUCAGCAUUCAUUCAACACACUAACUGCAGACACAAUAUGUUUGUUUGUGUUAGUAAAAUGUUAAAGCCAAACAAUCCCUUCAUCCAUCACAAAACAGAAACUAUAUGUUUGCACAGCUCAUUAACACAGACAGCUUUUAGCUUUACAUCUAAUUCACUGAUAUACUAACUUUUUAACCAGUUUUGUCUCAAGUUAUGAUUGUGAAUUGGAUAGUGUGUUACUGGUUGUGUUGCCCGGUUGGCUGCCUAAUAAUGUCGUUUUUUAUUUUCUGUUUAGUGAGUUAGCUCUGUCUUACUUUGGAAAAGCUGCACCCUGUUUUUUAACGUCUAUUUAUAUGCAUUCCUCUGAGAAACUGCCUGCUGUGAAUCUUAGCACUCAGCACCGCAACAUUUGUUGAAGGUACGGGAUUUAUCGUUGUUAACCAGUCGUGUUAUGUUCUACGCUUCCCAAAGGCAACCACUCUCUUUGGCAUUGAUGUUCAUCAGCACUCACUCUUGCCAAAACCAGUGCAUGUGAAAAAUAGUUGUAGUCACAGUGUAUUUAGCCUGCACAGUCACUUCUGUGCAACCAGGUCACUACAAACCACAACGAAUUUUGUAUUUUCCCCCAAAAAAGUACCUGGUUAAAUAGCCUCAUGGGUGCUCUAGUGAUCACAGGAUCCUAAACAGUGCCAGUCAUCACUUUUAUAAAAUUAUCUUUUUUUAAAAACAGACAAAAAAAUCAUUGUUAGAGAUGUUUUUUUUAUAUAUAUCUCAAAACCGAUACUGUUUUAAAAACAGUAAAGCAAUUAUUCCAAUGACAUUUUUUUUCUUUGUGAAAGGUGUUAAUCUCUGAACUGAAGGGAAGGUUCUCAACACUUUGACUCUGUUUUCUAUCUUUGUCUUCAUACAGAAAUAUUUGCUGUGUGUGUGUGUGUGUACACAUGUGUGUACAUGUGUGUUUGUGAGCGUGCAUUUGUCGGUAUGUGCAUAGGUGACUGACACGACGGGUUGUAUUGCCAAUUGAUUUACCCCAGUGUUACAGGUGGAGAGAGUCCCAAUUCUUAAAAAGAGAAAAUCACUGCCUGUAAUUAUACUGAAGAGUGUGGAAACACUGUUACUCUGGCCUGAUAUCUCCUCUUUCCUCUUGUAUAGAACCACUGUUCCAUCUCAAAGAACCUUUGCCAAUAUAUUCUCUACUCUCAUGUUAUGUAUGUAACAGUUAUUCAUAUCGAUGACACAUUAAGAGAGCAGCUGUAACCUCUAAACUUUGGUGAGUGUUACAAACUCUCCUCAGGUGUAUGAAUCUUAGCACUGCAUGUGUUUUUGCAACUGAAGUAUAAACAACCAAACAUUUCUGUCUCUCAUCACUAAUUUGGUAAUCAUAUUUGUUAUCAUUUCUGAAAAACCUUCCCAGAAACAUCUGCUGAGUGGAGGGGAGGGGGGGUUAAUGUCAGUUAAAGUAACGGCAACCCCUCUACCCUGAAACCCCACAAAGGAAUUACUUAUUAUGCAAUAAUGGUGUUUCAGCAUGCAAUAAUAGUAACAACCCCUCAAAAAGCCCAUCAAAUUAUCAGAAAUUAUGAACGCACAUCUGCUAAUAUUUUGCAGUGAAAUUCCUCCUCGAAUAAACACCUUCUUUAAGGGAGAACAGUGUAUUUUAUAAAAAUAUUUUCAAAGUAUUAAAAUAAGCCUGUUAUAUGUACAUAAAAUAGUUGAAUGAAUGGUGAAAAUGUGAUGUGUUUUUUCCCUGAAUAACAAAAUGAAACCAAUAUUAAUGCAAA